AUGAGCGAGCCGGCGGCCGCGAAACAAUGUAUUUAUCACAUCGCCCGUCUGUGGGCCGCGCCCGCGCGCCCCCUCCCGCGCUGCCGCCGCCGCCGCCGCCGCCGCCGCCGCUCUCUUCGCCGAGCCUCGGAUACAGGCUCCCAGGCCGGGGCCGGGGUCUCCGUCCGGGCGGCGCGGCCGAGGGGAGCGGCGGGGCCGGGGCCGGGGCCGGGGCGCAGCGGGGCGGGCCGCGUGCGGGGAUUAGGGCCGCACGAGAGGAGACUGCGCCGCGGCCUCCAGCCACGUGAGGACGGACGGGGCUUCAAAGGUGCCCCCCAGCUAAUCCUUGUUAUCCGGCGGCGCGCCCGAGCUCCGGCCUGCUGCUCGGGUUGGGCUCCCCCGCGCGCCCCCGGAGCCCGCCGGCCGGUGGGGCAGCCCGGGGCCAGCCGGCGGGGUUGCACGGCGGGGCGGGGCGGGGGCCUCGAGGGCCUCGAGCGCCUCGCGCCCCCGGCACCCCCCGGGCCAGGGUGCCGUGGCGGGGGAGGCGGGGGGGGGGCUCGGGCGCGCGCGGGUGGCGGCGCGCACGGGGCGCUCUCGGGAACAAGUAGCUGGAGGGCACAGCAGCGGGGAGCUGGGCUGCUGUCUCCCACCAGCUAUGCUGCUGCCGUCCGGAACCCCUCCAGGAGCCACGUGAAGUACGCCACCCAGCCCCUCUCUGCCUCUAGUGUUUGGAAAUGUGCCACAGACUCAACCGUCCAGUUGCGUGUCUGGAUUCAUGAGGAAGGCAGAGCAUCCAUCCCUUCUGGUGUUUAUUUCCCUUCUGCAGUUCAUGAGCUCAAGUUUCCAGCAGCCCCUUGGCCAGCUCAGCUCCCCACUGAGGAGGCACCACCAAGGGCUUUGCUCAAGGAAGAGAGUUUCCUGCCCCACAUCCCCAGAGUACUGGCAACCACAUCAGAGGGAAGACGAUGUGCAGACGGGGAGAAGGCCAUCAUCUAUCUGCAGGCCAGCAAGAGAGGCCUCCGAAGAAACCAGCCCUGCUGGCACCUUCAUCUCAGACUUCCAACCUCCAGAAUUAUGCACAUGGACCCAGGGGCCAACCUGGAAGGGGUGAAGUGUCAUGGAUGUGGCUGGGAGCUCAGGUGUUCUCACAUCACCUGUGUGUUCUCAUCCUAUAUGUAUCUACCUAAAAGAAACAAAAACUAUGCCUAUGCAAAGUCUUCGACAUCAAUAUUCAUAGCAUCUUUAUUGAUGAUGGAAACAACUGGACUGUCUGUACACCGAUGAGUGGGUAAACCAAUCAUGUUAUACCAUACAGUGGUAUCGUGCUCAUCAGUAGAAAGGCACAAAUUCCACCACAUGGAUGAAUCUUAAAACCAAAAUGUUGAAUAAAAGAAGCCACACACAAAACCACAGAUUGUGAUUCCAUUUAUUCUAGAAUGGGCAAAAUGGAUCUAUGGUAUCAAAAUGCAGAUAGAUAACUUGUUGCUUGAGGCUGGGAGGCCUGAAUGAGAGACUACCUGAAGAGAGACAUUUCUGUAUCUUAAUUUUGGGGUUACAUGGAUUUUUAAGUUGUGAAUGAUACACAUGAUGUCUGUAAACUAGACCUCAAUAAAGCUGAUUUUUGAAAAUAUGAAUGUAUAAUAGGGGCGCCUCAGUGUCCUGAGGUGCCAAGUGUCCAACUCUUGGUUUCUGCUUGGGUUGUGGUCUUGGGGU